AUGUCAGGGUCCGUUUAUCUUGAUCAUGCUGGGACGACGCCAUACCCCAAAUCAUUGAUGGACUCGUUCGUCCGAGAUAUGACAUCGAACCUUUAUGGCAAUCCCCACUCUGGAUCCAGUUCAUCCCAGCUUUCAACAUCGAGGAUUGAAGAUGUUCGGCUCCGAGUGCUCCAGUUCUUCAAUGCUGACCCUGCCGACUUUGAUGUGGUGUUCGUGGCCAAUGCGACAGCUGGAAUCAAGCUUGUUGUAGAUGCCCUGAGAGCUGCUCCUGAUGGGUUCAACUAUGCGUAUCAUCAGGCGAGUCACACCAGUCUAGUCGGUGUCCGGGAAGAGGCUCGAAAUAGCCUCUGUCUGGACGACAGACAGGUUGAAGAAUGGGCAACGGGUCAAACCCCAUUUGAAGGCCAUGAGGACAGACCGACUCUAUUUGCAUACCCUGCGCAAUCUAAUAUGGAUGGCAGUCGGUUGCCUCUGCGGUGGUCAGACACGAUCCGCUGCAACACAGAUGUAUCGAGGAAUAGGACAUACACUUUACUGGAUGCGGCAGCAUAUGUGUGUUCCUCACCGCUCGACCUCAGUUCUGUCGAGCGAGCCCCUGACUUCAUAGUCUUGAGCUUCUACAAGAUAUUCGGCUUCCCGGAUCUAGGUGCUCUGCUUGUAAGACGCCAAGCGGAAGAAGUCUUCAAUACGAUGAAGUAUUUCGGAGGCGGCACUGUCGAUAUGGUUGUUGUUUGCGUGAAGGAGCAGUGGCACGCCCCUAAGAACCAGUUCUUACAUGAGCGUCUGGAACAUGGAACAUUACCUAUUCACAACAUCAUCGCGCUCGACGCUGCUAUGGACGUUCAAAAACAAUUGUUCGGUACGAUGAAGGAGGUAUCACAACAUACGGCGUUUUUACAUCAAAGACUGGACCGCGGUCUUCGGUCAAUACGACAUGGGAACGGCGGGCCGGUCUGCACCAUCUAUUCACCAGAACCUAACCCACAAGCGGGUAGUGGUCCUGUGGUCGCCUUCAAUAUCCGAAACAACCAAAAUGCAUGGGUGAGCCUGGCCGAAGUCGAGAAGCUGGCUACCCUAAAGGGCUUCCAUAUCCGCACAGGUGGUGUGUGCAACCCUGGAGGUAUCGCUUCAGCUCUUGGUCUCGAGCCUUGGGAGAUGAGGCAAAACUUUAGCUCUGGCUUUCGGUGCGGAACCGACAAUGACAUUAUGGCCGGAAAACCGACUGGCGUCAUUCGAGCGAGCCUUGGAGCCAUGAGUACUAUCUCAGAUGUCGAUGCAUUCGUGGACUUUAUUACAGAGUUCUACCAGGAUUUGACUCUGCCACCACCUCUUACAUCACACACAACCCAGCAAUCAAGUCGGGCCGAUCUUUGCGUUCACAGUAUAAGUAUAUACCCUAUCAAAAGCUGCGGUCAUUUCCAGGUUCCUCCAGGAGUUGAUUGGGAGGUCCGACCAGAAGGCCUUGCUUGGGAUCGAGAAUGGUGUCUGGUUCACCAAGGCACUGGUCAAGCUCUGAGCCAAAAGAGAUACCCAAAGAUGGCACUUGUACGGCCAACACUGGAUUUCGAUCGAGGCGAGCUAAGGGUCAGAUAUGCCGGACAACUUCCACUGCACCAGCCUAGAGAAAUAAGCAUACCACUCUCUAAGAACCCUUCCUUGUUCCGGCAACCAACGACACUAGGGUCGCGAUCAUCACGAGUUUGUGGCGAGGAAAUCCUAGCGCAAACAUACGUCUCGAACGAGGUCAAUGAUUUCUUCUCGGGUGCCCUCGGAGUGCCCUGCAUGCUGGCCAGAUUUCCCCCAGGAGGCCAAGGAAAAAGUAUGCGGCAUUCAAAAGCUCAUCUUCAGAAGCAUCAACUUCCAUUGGCAACACCCUCUCAUCAAACACCACGACUUCCUGGCUCGUUUCCCGGAGACCGUCCACCAUCACCACCAGACUCGGACACGGAAAGAAGUGGCCAAGAACGACGCAUAUUAUUGUCCAAUGAAAGUCCCAUACUGGCUAUCACUCUUCCGAGUCUGGAUGCCCUCAAUGAGGAGAUCAGGAGGACAGGUAACCACAAGGGGGAAAUCUCUCCAGAUGUUUUCCGAGCCAACGUUGUGAUUGCCCCGGCCUCACAAGGCUCACAAGGUUCGAUAGAGCCCUACGCCGAAGACUCGUGGUCACAUCUGAAAAUAGGAGAUGGUGGUCACAGGUUUGAGAUGUUGGGGUCUUGCAGGAGAUGUCACAUGGUAUGCAUCAACCAGGACACGGCGGAAAAGAGCCAGGAGCCGUUUGUGACAUUGUCAAAGACGAGGAGGUUUGAUGGCAAGGUCUUUUUUGGGGUGCACAUGGCAGUGACGAGCCAAUCGCAACUUCCCACUUUGAGGGUGGGGGAUGUGGUUGUUCCUUCCUGGGCACUUGUGUAA